AUGAGGCGAAUCCUGAGCUUCAUUGCCUAUGCUUUCGUUCCUACAGUAAUUAAUGCGGUGCAGAUAUCCGUCGACGAGAGUGCGUCCAGCAACCCGGUCUUCGACGGGUAUGUCAGCUACAGCAUCGAGUUCUCUAGCUUCCCCGAGUUUGCAGGAAACAACUCUCGUCCAAACACCUUCUCCGAGAAUCUUCUGGGCAACCUGGGUAAGAUCAUUGGUACCAAGCCGUACAUCCGCGUCGGCGGCAAUACGCAGGACUAUGCCCUGUACAAUGCCUCGCUGCCCUAUGGUCUGAAUGGCACAAUUGAUCCCAAGCGUUCAUCCGAUUAUCCAACCACCAUCUUCAUUGGCCCUUCAUUCUUUGAAUCCUACAACACCUUCAAGAACACCAAGUUCAUCCAUGGCUUCAAUCUAGGCCUAGGCGGCAACCGGACAUCCGGCUGGCAGACGCUUCUGGACACGGUCCCGCUUGCCUGCAAGGCCCUGGGCGGCGGGAAGCUGUUCGCAUGGACAUAUGGAAACGAGCCGGAUCUGUUCUCUACUUCUGCCCAGGGUCCUGUGAGACCGCCCAGUUGGAACGAAGCAGAGUUCGUCGACCAAUGGCUAAACGGCACGAGAAAGAUCCAAGAGCUUCUCGAGAAGAACUGUCCAGACCUUGCUAAAAAUGGUACCUACGAGUACAUCGCACCUUCGUUCGCCGGCGUGGGGAACAAGUUGAAGGCACCGAAAGCGUGGGGUGAAGGGCUCAACGAGGACAAGAACAUUAAGCUGUUUGCUACGCACAAUUACAUCAGUGGCGCGACCUCCCCAGGGGUUACCCUCCAAGGGACCCUGAUGAACCACUCCAUGACCAAGGCUUCGGUCGAUGCCCACAUUGUAGAGUACGACAAGCUCCGCCGCUCAUCUUUGGCGAGACCAACUCGUUAUACAACCAAGGCCGACCGGGGCUCUCAAACACCUUUUGGUGCAGCUCUCUGGGGUGUGGACUUCAACCUCUAUUCUGCGAGUGUCGGUUUCAAGAGGGUACACAUGCACAUGGGUACUAAUUAUCGGUACGCCUCCUGGCAACCGAUAGCCACCACAAAAGCCACCAUCGGCACCAAAGCCCCUUACUACGGCAAUAUAGCCGUAGCCUCCUUCCUCGCGCCUCCUCUUCCCUCCUCUCCAGCCUACUCUUCUUCCUCUUCACAAGCAACAGUAAAACACCUCCCUAUCCCCUCCACCCCUUUCCUAUCCGCCUACGCAGCCUACCACUCCACCACCCUCAGCCGGCUCAUCUUCCUGAACAUGAACUCCUACAACACCACCGCCUCAGGCGAAGGCCUCGUCCCUCUUCCCCCCACCUCGCUUGUCCCGAGACCGUCGGUGACGUUCAACUUCACCUUACCCGCUGCUUACUUCAAGGGCAAGAAGGAGGUGGUGGUCAAGAGAUUGAUGGCUAACGGCAGCGAUGCCAUUACGGGCAUUACCUGGGAUGCGUGGAGCUAUAAUUGGGAACUAGAUGAGGGGAAGCCGGUUAGGUUGGCGAAUGUGACAAGACGGAGCGAAAGUGAGAGGGCGUGGGUCGGGGAGGGGGUUAGUGAUGGUGGGAAGGUAGGAUUGGGGGUGGUGGUUGAGGCGGGGAGUGUGGCGCUGGUUGAGUUUGUUUAG